UCCAUCGAAUAACUUGAUUAUUAUAUCGUAUCGCAAUGACUUACUCUACGCUAGAAGUGCAUUCCCUAAUUAAUAUAAGAGGGGAAAAGUGGUUAGUAAUAAAAAACAAUAAAUUCAAAAAAUUGCGUAUUGCUCAAGGAGGUCGAGUGCUUUGGAGGUGCACGAAAACCAAAUAUUGUCCAGCAAGAGUGCUUACGUCCAAUUUCGAAGACAAUAUAGUAAAGUGGGCAAAAUUGAAACAUGACCACUCUAAAAAUCCAAUUUUGUCUAUAAACAAAAGACUUGGACACAAAAAAUCAACGAUUUCUUCCCAAGAAAACUUGAGAGAAAAUAUGGAAGGAACUAAAGCUAAAGAGAUUAUAUCUUUAAACAAAGUGAUUACUAUAAAGAAAGAACAAGAAACAGAUGAAGAAGUGCCUAAAAAGUUCUCAUCAAGUGAAUCUGCUCCAGAUAAUAUGAAUCUUUCCGAAAUCAUAUUUCCUUAUAUGCUCCCGAAAGAUAAGGUGGAAAUUGUGCGCGGGACGGGUGUAUUUAUUUCUGAGAGUGGAUUGGACUUUAUUAAAGAAAAGCUCAAACACGCACAACUUUCGAUAAUUAGAAACGUACUGCGGCACCUUCUUGGGCCCGAGAAUUUAAAAUAUUUAAAUAUCGCCGGAGAUGGAGAAACCGGAACUAUUACAAUGCCUGACAAAGUUUUUAUAGCUCUCCUAUUAUUCCUCACACAGAAUUCCAGUAAAGAAUCUAAUCACCUUUCGAUAAACUGUUUUAUCCAAUGUAUAAAGGAGACCUUCGAAACUGCUAGGGUCGAUGCAAGGUUUGCGGAAAGCCAAAAAAAUUUAACGGAUUAUGUUUCUAGGAAGAACGUUACCAAUGACAACACAAAAUCUAUGAAUAAAAUUUUAAGAAAUCGGCGCAGACGCCUUAAACAAAAAAAGUCUGCUAUCAACUCUACCAACAAGAUCAGCAGUUCUACAGUCAAUUCUUCAAGUAUAUGCAAACCGCAAAAAUCUGCUAAGGCCACCAAAAACAGCAAUAACUCUACGGCCAAUAAUUCCACAAAUCGACGUAAACAUCGGCAAAUUGGAAACUACUCUACCAACAACAGCAACAAUGCUACAAUAUACAACAGCAACAAUGCUACAAACAAUAACAGCAACAAUGCUACAACCAACAACAGCAAAAAUGCUACAACCAACAAUUCCAUAAAUCGCCAUAAACGGCGAAGAUCUGUUGACAACUCUACCAACAACAGCAACAACGCUACAACCCACAAUUCCAGAAAUCGACGUAAACGGCGAACAUCUUCAAACAACUCUACUAACAACAGCAACAACGCUACAGUCAACAAUUCCAAAAAUCGACGUAAGCGGAGAAAAUCUUUAAACAACUCUAUCAACAGUAACAACUCAACAGUCAAUAAUUACACAACUCGAAGUAAACGUCGAAAGUUAUCUGCUGGUGAAUUCUAUUCUGAUGAUCAAAUUAAUUCAGGGUAUAUACCUUCUGAUUUAGAAAUAUAUGCAAGAUCAGUUUAUUCCAGUUAUUACAAUUAUUAUAAUAAGCGCGCAGAUUUACGUAGAGAAAUGCGAGUCUGGGACUGAGUCCCAGACUUGCCAUAUCAUCGCACAUAAAACAUAUAGUACUCUUCCCGAAAAUAUCAACCUGGAAAUUGAUUUCUAGACUUUUAGUACUCAAUGCACGAUUUUUGAUCUGCAUUUUUCUCAUUUUCUGCAUUUUUUAAAUCUAUUCUCUAAAUCCAGAACUUUUUUGCUGAAUUUAAAACAAGUUUUAAUGUGAGACAUGUUAACUAUUGUUAUCCCCGCCUUCUGAAUUUUGUGGGCCUUUAAAUGCAGGGUACUAUUUUUCUAUUUGGACUUCAAAAUUAAAAGACUAAUUUUCUUUUAAUACAUUUUUAUGUAAAAUUUUAAUUUUUUAGUGUGGGGAGAUUUCGGAUUAAUUUAUACUAGUUAUCUCAAGUUGAAAAAUGAGCAUUUGUUAAUAAUAAUUUUUAAAAUCAAAGAAAAGUAUUCCUACUGUUAAUUAUAACUAAUUUUUGAAUAUAAUUGAAAGCGAACGUUAUGAAUGCAUAUUUUAUCUUUAAAUUGUUUAUUUAAACAUAGUUAUUUAGAGUUUUAUAUUUUCGUUUUCUCUUUAGGUAAAAGUUGCAAUUCUUAUUUAAUACUAAUAUUGUAGGGCUCAUUUUAUUCUUUUAAUGAUUCUCUAAAAACUUCAAUGGUAUGUUUUUAUUUAAAAUAUUCUAGUCAGGAAUCAUUAAUUGUUAAUGGACAAUUAAAAAAAAAUUUUCCAUAUCUCAAUUUUUAAAUAUAAAAAAGUACCAAAGCGAUUGGUAGAAAAUCGUCCACGGAAUAAAAUGAGCCGUACAAUUUUAGGAAUAAAAAAGAAUUGCAACUUAUACCUAAAGAGAAAGCCAGAAACUCUAAAUAACUAAUUUAAAUAACCAAUUUAAACCUAAAAUAUUUUUAUCUAAAGUUCGCUUUCACUACUCUUUUAAAAUUACUAAAAACUAACUGUAGGAAUAUUAUUCCUAAUUUUAAACAUAAGUUUUAAGAAUACUUAAUAAUUAAUAUUUCAAGAUAACCAGUACAAUAUAUUUUUUAACAUUAAAAAAUCCGUACUUAAAAAUAUGAAAAC